GAUGUUCGAUGUUCGUAUUGUUAGUCAUCGAUAAAGCUGAAAGCUACAGGCACAAAAAGUACUGUAAUUUCAUCACAAAUAUACUCCAUAUAUGAAUAUAGAUCUCCUAGAAUGGAGGAGGACUACUACAUGAUACUGGGCGUGGAUCCCACAGCCACCGAGCAGGAAAUCAAGGACGCCUACAGGCGCAUGGCACUCAUUUACCAUCCGGAUAAAAAUAAACAUCCACGGACAACGGCGCACUUCCAGAAGAUCAAUCGUGCAUUUCAAGUCCUGUCAAAUGCGAUGAGCAGGAGGGAACACGAUCGAUCUUUUCAGUCACGAAGGUCUGAAGCCCGGAGGCCGGAAGACCGGAGGCCGGAAGGACCCCCAGAUCCUCAACCUGGAGGUCAAGGGGAAUCCCUGGAUACAUUGAACACUGUUAUUGCUGUGGGCGUAGCACUGGUGGCUGUUUUUGCUGGAUUCGGUGUUUACCAUGCAAUCCGCGGAGGGAAUAAUAACAAGUGAUAUAUGAAGUCUAAAUAACAUAUGUUAUAAACAUAUGCGAAUUGUAAAAAAUGUGGUAGUAAAAAUUGAGUAACUUUAAAAAGGCAUAAUACGUCCUGUAUCUGUGUGAUAUCUUAAAAAUAAUUGGAAUAAAACGGGCUUUUCCGUGAAAAUUAAAA